AUGCCACGUAUCAUUGAUAAUCUUGUUCAUUUUAACGGUAGAGGUGACGAGACAAUAUCUUCAUCAACAAAAAUGGGUCUUGUGAAUUUACGAGAUUUAGUUGAAUCAUCAGCACAUCGAUGGUAUAAAGAUAAUGAAAAAGAUACGAUGAAAGCUAGAUGGGGAAAAACUUAUAAUUGGAAAGAACUUGUCAAAGAAAUUGAUUGGAGAUCAUUAAAAGUACGUCAUGAUCCUGUUAUUUAUACAGAUAUUGACACUCCCGGUACACCAAAAAAUCAUAUAUUAUUUCGUUCAACAUUUCUUAAUGAUACAAAUCGUGAACAAGAAUAUAGUUUAAAAGCAGAACGACGUACAGUAUCAACAUGUGCUUUUUCAAUAUUUGAAGGUUACACAACUGAACAGUGUGCUUCAUUGGAAUUAGAAGUUCCAUUACCUAAAUGUGUAUUAGAAGCAAGCACAGGUUUUCGUCGAGAAUAUACCCUUGAACAAUCAAAAGAUAAACAAAUUGAAGAAGAAUUAACAUGGUCGGUUGAAUCAAAUAUUAAAAUUCCUGGUAUGUCUCAAACUACAGCUGAAUUAGUUGUUCAAGAAGAUGAAUAUCAUGGUACAUUUGAAAUUAAAUCUUAUUUUUUUGGUGAAAUUCGUGUUAAAAUUUACAAAGAUUCUCAAGAACUUCUCACCUUAGAACUUGGUGAUCUUGAAGAUUUAUUUCCACGUGAUAAAGGUUUUCGUAAAGAUUCACGUGGACUUUAUCGUAUAACACGUGGUGAAUGUAGAGCACGUUUCGGUGUAUCACAAAAAGUUGAAUUACAUGCUAAACCAUUACCUGGUGCCGAUUUAUAUAUUCGUCAAUCACCACAUCGAAAUUCAAUUGAUCAAGAGAAUGAUUCACGUAAGAAUAGUUUAAAAGAUAUUCCAUCAAUAAUAGCUCCUGUAACAUCGCGUCGUGACAUUUUUAACGGAACAAAUACUUGA